GUGCUGCUGGUGGAGGCGGCCGUGGUGCCCCUGCCGCCGCCCCUGCUGCAUAUGCGCCUGAUCCUCACGCUGCGCAGCUACGUGCCGCCGCGGCCACACUGUUGGCGGCGCGCCCUGAGCUCAAGAGUCCCUCGGAGACCUGGUGGCGCCGCCUGCACCCCUGGGCCCCCAGCUGUGGUCCUCACCCCCUCGCAGCUCGACGCGGCGGUGACCAUCGAGCGGACCCGUCUGGCCAGGGUGGUGGAGGAUGCUGCCCGACAACUUCGGUUGGCAUGCCAGGAGAUCGAGCAGAAGCGCACCAAGACCCAGAAGAUCCGCGAGCAGCUCGAGGAGACUCGCGAGGCCCUGCGUGCCGCUGAGGAGACGCAGUGCGGCGCCCAGCGGGUCCAGCGCGAUGCGGACCAAGCCAUGCAGUCCUUCGACCCACAGGUUUGGAAGGCGGCGAAGGCAGCGGAGGCGCGCGAGGCCGAGGCCGAGCGCCUGCGCCAGCAGCGGGCUGCGCCCCCCGCUGCUGCGACCGCGGCGCGCGCGGCCGCCGAGCCCGCCCGCCCUGGAGAUGCUCGUGCUGCCGGUGAUGCUGGGCCAGCGCCCAUGGUGGUGGUGGAGCCGCCCGACUUCGCCACCAAGUCGGCGGAUGAGUUUGCGGCCUGGGCGCGCGAGCACAACGUGCCCGCAGGAUUGUGGGAGGCGUUCGUGGCCAUGCGCGCCACCAUCCAGAGUGCUGAAGACGAUGCUGGUAGUGCGCUGGCAGUGAUGCAGGCGGCAGUCAUGCAGGAUCAUCAGCGCAUGGAGAUCCCCAUCAUGGCCCGCGCCAAGAACCGCACUGCCAAGGGCCUGCGCACGACCAAAGAGCAGAUCAACGAGCACAUCACUGAGCUUCUCAAGCAG